AUGAUAAUCCAGCGUCUUAUUUCUUACUCUUCCAAGCUCCCAAAAUAUCUAAAUAUGGAAAGUCGCACAGCCCUAGGAAACCCAUACUACUCUGACGACCGAGUAAUCCUCCUGGCGAACUUUCUUGCAGAAUAUCUCGUCGAGCCAGGCAUCGAAAUCGAAGCAAAAAUCGGAAACUUCAUUUUUCAAGAAGAAAAGCCUGACUUCAAGCAGAUUUCCAUGAUUGAUUUACAAAGAUAUCGCGGGCGGUUCGAAUCUGACAUUUCAGCUCUAACCUUUAUUUCUCUCAUGGAAAAACUCAAAGAAAACUCAGUGCCCUUCACAUUUAUCGAGACUGAAGACACCCUUUACUCGAGCAAAAAAAAGAACUCAAAAAUCAGGCAAACUAUCAACUCUAACAAUGAGGUGAUUGCGACUAUUGAAAAAUCAAGACUUGCUGACAUCAAUUUCUUGAUAAAUCCAACUACUGGGCUUGGAUUCAGGAUUUCUGCAAACACUGAAAUUAAUCUUGAAGAAAUCCCACAAGAGAGCUCCGUUAGCGCGAUAAGGAAAAAAGCAAGACAUUCAUUUAGAUAUCAGUACUUGGAGCUGGAUUUCACAGAAGCUUCUAUGGGAGGGAAGAAGUCGUUUGAGGUGGAGCUUGAAAUUGCGGAUGUUCCUUUUGUGAAAAAUCACGUGGAUUCGUUUUUGUCUGGGAAAGACAGAAAUAGCUUGUUAGGGAUUGCAAAUAAAAUAUGGAAUAAUGUGCUUGCGAUGGCUUAUCAUCGACCAAAAGCCCCGCUUCCACAUAUUAAGGAAAAUGAGGAAGUUCUUAAAGCGAGGAAUGAGAAGUAUGAAUCACAUUGGGGGAACACACAUCCAGUCAUUGGAGAUUACUUACUCCCCUUAAUUGAAGUGCAAAAUUUUAAAUUAAAUCCUUUUAAAUUGAAAGUAAAUUUAAUAAUGUAGAUAAAAAUAUUAAUUUCUAUCUAAAUAGCUCUUAUAUCUGAUUUAAGGUGUCCAUAACCAAAAAUUAUCUAACUUGUUCUAUUAUAAGGAAAGUAAAGAAGAAUACCAUUAAGCAAAGUUUGGUACUUUGGGUAGAUAAAUUUUAAAAAACCAAUAGGAAAAAUAACCCCUUUAACAGAUCUUGUGUUCCGAUUUAAAGGGGAAAGUUAUAUGAAAUAAUACUUGAGAAUAAUUUUCAAUAA